AUGGCGGUCAUCAAAAUCAAGCUACCUAAAGAUGUUGAAAAGGAGGCAAAGCAACCUAGGGCAAAAAGAAUUAAGAUCAAAACGAACUCUGCUGAUAGCGUCCCCAAGCCGUCAACUAAAGUAAAGAUCCGCACGACAAAGAAGGAUGAGGAGAGCCGGCGAGAUGCAAGCGAAGGCGGAGGCAUGAAACUAAAGCUCAACCUCAAGAAAGAAGAGUCGAGUGUUGAACCUUCGGCUACACCUAGAGCACCUCGGUUCAGAAUAAAACCUGUCCGUGUUCCUGGGGAGGGAUAUGACUCCGAAGCUUCUGACAUCGAAGAUGAUCCAUUGAUAGAGGAGGGCAUAAUUUUACGGGUUCAGCCCGGAUUACAAACAGAAUUCAUCAAAAAUUGCAUUGAAAGUGGUGAUUUCUCAGGUCUCAGCCUGAAAUGGAAGGGUGAAAAGCACGCGAUCGUCAAAAUUGGUACUCAUCAAUACGGUGCUGUUUUGGUCAAUCUACCAACAAUAAUAGAGGUUAACAAAAGUAUUGACCGAAAAAAUCUGCUGAAAGCUUUUGAUGUAUCGCAAAUGCUUCUUUGCAUCAGUCCCAUUGAACGAGAGGAAGAUGUAUUCUCUCUAAUUCCACCUGAUACAGAGGAUCUAGUACUAAAACACUUUGAAGAAUACAAAAAUGAAAUAAUAGAGUGUCGAAAAAAGUUCAUCAAGGGUUACAAUGGAGGUCCCUUGACGGACUCCGAAGCCAAACACAUUGAUGAUAUUAUAAGAAAGAGCUACGAGUAUCGACACGGCAUAACCCCCCCUCUUUAUAAUGUCAGGAAUAGGCGUUUCAGGCGAAAAAUGGGGUCUCAAGAAAUAGAUCACGUUGAGAAAACAGUCGAACUUCUUCUUAAACAGGAUGAGGAGGCCGAAGAAUUUGAGUAUGAUCUUGUAGAUGAAGAGCAGGCGAUACAAAGAUCUACGUCCACUAUGGACUUAUCACAACAGUCGCUGGAGAAUGGAUUCGAGCUAUUUGGGGAAGACGAUCAUGCUGACCUCGAACUUGAACUUGAACAAGCCUUACAGGAAAGCGAACCAGAAAACCGGAGUGACUUGGAGAGAGGAGCGGCGCGUUUGGAAGAAACUGGAGAUGAUGUGGAACAAGAUAAUGGGGAGGAAGAAGACGAAGAGGAGGAAGAUGAUGACGGGGAUGAGGACCCUGAUGAUGACGGUCAUGGAAUUGCAAAACCUUCAGUAGACGAGGACAGACAACAUAACGAACUAUUAAGAGAUGAACUUAACGAACUGGAAAUCACCCUACAGCAGAAUAAACAGAAAUUAGAGAAGGCCACUAAUCCUUUGCUGAAAUCUAGAUUUAUUGACAGUAUCAAAAAGCUAGAAAAAGAGGUUGACAUAAAGCGAAAGCAACUAAAGCUCAGUGAAGAUACCUUGCACAGACCAGAAAGCACGAAACCCGACGUUGAUGAAGAAGAAGUAGAUAUUGAAGUGGAAGAAGAAGAAGAAGAAGAAGAAGAAGAAGUUGAAGUUGAAGAAGAAGAGGAAGAAGCUGAGGACGAAGAAGAUGACGCAGUCCCUCAGAAUAACAAUUCUUCUCAAGCGCCUGCGGUAAAUGAGGAGCUUGAUCAGGACGAUAUGGAUAUGAUGAUGCUUUUCGGGGGUGAAGGAGACGAAUAG